AUGCCGCUCCUACUGACCCUUUUCCUGCCAGUAGUUUUUAGAUUUAGUUUUGUGAGCCUCUCGGCACUGAAGCACGGGAGCUGUCCUGAAGGGACGCAGCCUGGAAACAGGAAUUCUACUUGUGCGGGUCCUGCACCCUUCUUAAUUUUCUCCCAUGGAAAUAGCAUCUUUAGGAUCAAUUUGGAAGGAACGAACCAUGAACAAUUGGCAGUGGAUGCUGGCGCCUCAGUGAUCAUGGAUUUUCACUACAAUAAGGAAAGAAUCUAUUGGGUGGAUUUAGAGAGACAACUUUUGCAAAGAGUUUUUCUGAAUGGGUCAAGACAAGAGAGAGUGUGCAAUAUAGAGAAAAAUGUUUCUGGAAUGGCAGUAAAUUGGAUAAAUGAAGAAAUUAUUUGGUCAAAUCAACAGGAAGGAAUCAUUACAGUAACAGAUAUGAAAGGAAAUAAUUCCCGUGUUCUUUUAAGUGCCUUAAAAUAUCCUGCGAAUAUAGCAGUUGAUCCAGUAGAAAGGUUCAUGUUCUGGUCUUCAGAGCAGGCCGGCAGCCUUCACAGAGCAGAUCUCAAUGGCAUGCAAGUGAGGACUCUGUUGGAGACGUCACAGAAAAUAACAGCUAUGUCACUGGAUCUGCUUGAUAAGCGGCUCUUUUGGAUUCAUUACGACAGAGAAGGAAGCAGUUCUCAUAUUUAUUCCUGUGAUUAUGAUGGAGGUUCUGUCCAUCUUAGCAAAUAUCAAACACAGCACAACAUGUUUGCAAUGUCCCUUUUUGGUGACCGCAUCUUCUAUUCAACAUGGAAAACAAAGAUGAUUUGGAUAGCCAACAAACACACUGGGAGAGAUAUGGUUAGAAUCAGCCUCAAUCCGUCAUCUGGACCACCUGGUGAACUUAAAUUAGUGCAUCCGCUUGUACAGCCCAAGGCCAAGGACAGUGCUCUAGAGUCUGAGCAGAAACUUUGCAAAUUGAGGAAAGGAAACUGCACGGGCGGCGCGUGCGGCCGAGACCCCCAGUCCCCCUUGUGCGCGUGUGCGGAGGGCUACGCCGUGAGCCCGGACGGCCUGGCCUGCGAAGAUGUCAACGAAUGUGCCUUUUGGAAUCAUGGCUGUACUCUCGGGUGUGAAAACACCCCUGGAUCCUACUAUUGCACGUGCCCCGUAGGAUUUGUUCUGCUUCCCGAUGGGAAACGGUGUCAUGGCUUUCCUGGGUAUGACCUUCAACUGGACAAAAAAAGCUGUGUAGCUUCAGGACCACAACCAUUUUUGCUGUUUGCCAAUUCUCAUGAUAUUCGACACAUGCAUUUUGAUGGAACAGAUUACAGAAGCUUGCUCAGCCAGCAGAUGGGAAUGGUUUUUGCCCUAGAUCACGACCCCGUGGAGAAUAAGAUAUACUUUGCCCACACGGCCCUGAAGUGGCUGGAGAGGGCGAACAUGGAUGGCUCCCAGCGAGAAAGGCUCAUCGAGGAGGCGGUAGGUGUUCCAGAAGGUCUCGCUGUGGACUGGAUUGGCCGUAGGUUCUACUGGACAGACAGAGGGAAAUCUGUCAUCGAAGGGAGUGAUUUAAAUGGAAAACAUCGAGAAAUAAUCAUUAGGGAGAACAUCUCUCAACCACGAGGAAUUGCUGUUCAUCCAGUGGCCAAGAGAUUAUUCUGGACUGAUAUGGGGAUUAAUCCAAGAAUUGAAAGUUCUUCCCUUCAAGGCUUUGGGAGGCUGGUUAUAGCCAGCGCUGAUCUGAUCGAGCCCAGUGGAAUAACCAUUGACUUCUUAACUGACAAGUUGUACUGGUGCGAUGCCAAGCAGGCUGUGAUUGAAAUGGCCAAUCUGGAUGGUUCAGAACGCCAAAGAAUUGCCCAGAACGAUGUAGGUCGCCCAUUUGCUGUAGCUGUGUUUGAGGAUCACGUGUGGUUCUCGGAUUGGGCUAUGCCAUCGGUAAUAAGGGUGAACAAGAGGACUGGCAAAAACAGGGUACGUCUCCGAGGCAGCAUGCUGAAGCCCUCAUCACUGGUUGUGGUUCAUCCAUUGGCAAAACCAGGAGCAGAUCCCUGCUUAUAUCAGAAUGGAGGCUGUGAACAUAUUUGUGAAGAGAGGUUUGGAACUGCUUGGUGUUCAUGUCAUGAGGGUUUUAUGAAAGCCCCAGAUGGGAAAACGUGUCUGGUUCUGAAUGGCCACCAGAUAUCUGCAGGUGGUGAAGCUAAUAACCAAGUGACACCCUUGAACACCUCAUCCAAGACCAGAGGAUCAGAAGACGACAUCACAGAAUUUCAGUACAUGCUAGUUGCUGAAAUCAUGGUGUCAGACCAAGAUGACUGUGCUCCCCUGGGAUGCAGCGCGCAUGCUUGGUGUGUUUCCCAGGGAGAGAACGCCACGUGUCAGUGUAUGAAAGGAUUUGCUGGGGAUGGAAAACUGUGCUUUGAUAUAGAUGAAUGUGAGCUGGGUGUCCCAGUGUGCCCGUCCCCAUCCUCCCAGUGCGUCAACACCAAUGGUGGCUAUGUCUGCCAGUGCUCAGAAGGCUACCAAGGAGACGGGGUCCACUGUCUCGAUAUUGAUGAGUGCCGCCUGGGGGUGCACAGCUGUGGCCAGAACGCCAACUGUACAAAUACAGAGGGGGGCUACUCCUGCACAUGUGCCGGCCGCCUGUCUGCACCCGGACUGAUUUGCCCUGACUCAACUCCACCCUCUCACCUCAGGGAAGAUGGCCACCAUGCUGUCAGAAACAGCUACCCGGGAUGUCCCCCCUCUCACGAUGGGUACUGCCUCCACGGGGGUGCCUGCAUGUAUGUUGAAACAGUGGACACCUAUGCAUGCAACUGCGUUGUGGGUUUCGUCGGGGAGCGAUGUCAGCACCGAGACCUGAAGUGGUGGGAACUGCGCCACGCUGGCCUGGGACAGCAGCGGAAUGUCACCGUGGUGGCUGUCUGUGUGGUGGCUCUGGUCCUGCUGCUCCUCCUGGGGCUGUGGGGGGCCCAUUACUACAGGACUCAGAAGCUGCUAUUGAAAACUCUGAAGAACCCAUAUCAAGAUCCAAGCGGAGACGUGAGCGGUGGUGUGCGUGGCAGCAGGCCUGCCACCAGCGAGGAUGGGAUGUCUUCUUGCCCCCAACCUUGGUUUGUGGUUAUAAAGGAACACCAAGACCCCGGGAAAGAGAGUCAACCAGUGGCUGACAAGGACGGUCAGGCAGCAGCUGGUUCAUUGCAGUCAUUUUUGUGGAGGAAGGGGCCCCAGCUGUCUGAAAUGGGCACAGAGGAAGGCUUCUGGAGUCCACCACCCAACAGUAAAGGCUCCUGUCCCCAGGUAAUGGAGCGAAGCUUUCAUCUACCCUUCUAUGUGGCACGGCCCCUCACUGGAGGGGUUAAAGAAGCCCCAGUCUCUCCUGGCAGCUAACCCAUGUGGCAACCAAGGGCUCUGGAUUCAUCAAGACAAAUGGAGCUGACUCAGUGAAAGCUAGAAUUUAAAAGAAGGUCAAGAUGGAUAAUGUAUUGUCUUUCAGGAAGUAGAGGAAAAGUACAGAUUUUGGUUUCCUAAUCUCUACACUAAUCACCUAUAUCCUGGAGACAAAUACAUAGUUGGGCUUUUGUUUCUUCCUUUGAGCAGUCCCAUUGCAGAUUUUCAAAUAACAGUAAUGGGGAAAAUCACUAGGUAACUCAUGAGAGACCAAAAUUGGGACACUAGUGCUCUGCAAACUGUGUUUUCUUCAGCAAUCAGUUUCCUUCUGCAGCCCCAGAAGAAAUGUGGGGUUAAAGCAGGCAAUCACACUGGUUUGGUCAGUUACAAAGUAAUUUCUUUGAUCUGCACGGAACAUUUAACUCAAUCUCAUGAAAUGGUUGAAAUAUUACAAUUACUGUUCAGACACAUUGUAGGCAUCUAACUUAUCAUUGGUGUGGUCCAUGCUGUUAAUUUUACAGAAUGACUUAUGAUAAAUUAAUCAAAAGUAUAGUAACUUAAAACUUGAUUUCUUCAUAAUAAGAUGGCUUAUUUUUUCUAUUUUAAAAUCUUUGAAUAAAAAUAUUUAAUUUUAAAAACAUUACCCAAGAGACAUCAGUGUUUCUUAGUCAUUACUGUCCUGUCUCCCACAUUUUCCCCCAGUGAUAAUUUCCCCUUUCAUGUAUUUAACAGAAUUGUUAUUUUUUUCAGUAGAAGAUUAUAAGUAAAUUGCUUGAUUUAUUUUCAUAUGGAUAGCAAUUAAUGUCUUCUAAUUAUUUAAAUAAAAUCAUCACAAAACAGAAAUAUUUUGUUGUAUGCCUGAUGACAUAAUUAAUUAUAGUCUAACAGGGCAUUAGAGGAGUUGAAUCAAAGGGAUUU